AUAUCCUGGGAUUUCACUGUUUCUGAUAUAUCUAAGACCUGGAUCUGCGAAAUGUUAGACAGUAUUGCGACAAAAUAUAUCCGAAAAUGGCUGGAAUUUCCUGUCUCUGCAACCCUUAGCAACGUGUUGUUUCCACAAAAUAAAUUUGGUCUGAAUAUUAUUCUCCCUUCGACAAAAUUUAUCCAAUGUCAAACUGUCUCUCGAUCAGCUUUAAAAUACUCACCAAACGUAGAUAUUAACAAUCUAUGGGCGGUGACGAGCACCAACAAGAACGUACAGUAUGACAUUUACAAAGACACAAAAGACGUACUUAAGGCAGUUAGAAAAGAAAACGAACAAAGACUUCAAAACCACCUCAUUUCGCAAGGUUCUUUCUUUUCCAGUAUCAUGAAUCAUUCCACAUCCACAUUCAACUCUUUAUGGUCAUCCGUUCAGAGCAAACUUCCGAAAAACAUUUUUAACUUCACCAUCCGAUAUAUCAAUAACACACUUCCAACACGAAAGAACCUAUCAAAAUGGGGACUAUCAUCAACAUCCGAUUGCUCUUUCUGCUCCUCACCUGAAACGCUGCUCCAUGUGAUUGCUGGAUGUAAGACAUAUUUAGACGAAGGCCGGUUUACAUGGCGACACGAUUCUGUUUUAAAUUUCCUCGCAUCCACUCUUACUGCUGUGAAAAAUUCCACACUUUACGCGGACAUUCCUGGUUUUAUGAAUCCAUCUGUUAUCACGGGAGAUCGUUUACGACCUGACCUUCUGCUGGUGACUGAAACCAGAUGUCUAUACAUCCUCGAGCUUACAGUCGGUUAUGAAUCCAAUCUGCUAGUUAACGCCAAUCGUAAGCGUCAAAAGUACCGUGAUCUAAUCAAUGAGCAGGAAGCAGAUUAUGAUAAAGUCAAGUUCGUCAAUUUAUCCUUGAGUACCCUCGGAGUUUUUGGCCGAUCUUGUAAAAAUUUCGAUGGCAUGCUAAGUAGCCUUAAAUGUGAUGCCAAGUAUAGUAAAUACAUAAAAAAGCAAAUCGUGAACAUAUGCAUACGAACAUCAUAUUAUGUAUUUUGUAAACGAAACAAGGUGUGGGAUAACCCAAAAUUAAUGUUAAUAUAAUCCUUCUUAAAAUAAUUAUUGUACAAUAAAUAUAUAGUAUCAAUUCAAGUAGACAUUGAUAAACUACCUGUAAAGCGAGGUUUAUCAUUGUAGUUGUAUAUAUCCUAAUAAUCAAUAAAUAAAGUUUCCAUUAUUAUUAUUAUUAUUAUUAUUAUUAUUAUUAUUAUUAUUAUUAUUAUUAUUAUUAUUAUUAUUAUUAUUAUUAUUAUUAUUAUUAUUAUUAUUAUUAUUAUUAUUUGACCUUGACUCCCCAUCGUAUCAACAAGUCACGAAUAUAAUACGCAGAACGAAGGCAUCUGGCUCCCCAUGUCCCCUUGAUCAGCUAUCUAUUAUAUGUUUUAAACGCUGUCCUUUCCUAAGAACAUAUUUAACUGACCUUAUUCGUGCCGUGUGGCUAUCUGGAACCAUCCCUUCAGAAUGGAAGAAAGCUUGCACAAUACUAAUCCAUAAAAAAGGCGAUACUAAUACCCCGUCCAAUUUCCAACCCAUCACACUGGAGACCAUACCAUUAAAAGUAUUCACUUCCUGCCUACGUAACGCAAUGUAUUCAUUCCUAACCGUUAAUAACUUUAUAGAACAUAAUAUUCAAAAAGGAUUCACACCUAACAUGUCUGGCACCUUAGAACAUACUGCACAAAUGGCCAAUAUAAUCAAUAAAGCCCGAAUCAAACAACGCUCACUAGUCAUCACCCUACUUGACCUCAAGAAUGCUUUUGGUGAAGUUCAUCAUAAUCUGAUCACAUUCGUACUUGAUUACCACCAUAUCCCUGAACAUGUUAAAUUGAUAAUUAAAAGUCUAUAUACCGAUUUUAAAACUUCAAUAAUUACAUCUGAAUUCCGUACCCCCUUCAUACCAGUUCGCCGUGGAGUAUUGCAAGGUGAUUGCCUGAGUCCUCUUCUCUUCAACAUGUGUUUCAACACCUUUAUACAACACAUAAAAACAGAUAAAUAUCGUCAAUUCGGCUUCUCCUUACAGUUUCUAAAUCCCAUCCACUGGUUUCAGUUUGCUGAUGAUGCCGCCGUCAUAAGUAGUCAAGAAUCCGAAAAUCAACAUCUUCUAAACCGGUUCUCCAUUUGGUGCCAAUGGUCCAACAUGAUUAUUCGGGUUGAUAAAUGUAGUACCUUUGGCAUCAAAAAAGCUCUAACAAAAUCAAUCCAAUACCUGCCUAAACUACUUAUUAACAAGCAACUAAUUCCAAAGAUCAAUAUCGGUGAGGCUUUUCAAUACUUAGGAAGAUACUUUAGUUUUAAUAUGUCAGACGAACACCACAAGUCUGAACUAAUCUCACUCGUUGAAGAACUAAUGGCAGAUAUUGAUUCCAAACCAUUACAUCCAAAAAAUAAAAUCCUCCUCUACAGUCGAUAUCUUCUGUCAAAAUUAUCCUGGCAUUUUACAGUUUCUAGCGUAUCGAAAACGUGGGUCACCGAAAACAUUGAUUCCAAAGUCAACAGUUAUAUCCGUAAAUGGCUUGAUAUACCUAUAUCUGGAACGUAACGCUAAGCAGUGUUUUCCUAACCCGCAACAAGUUUGGCCUCAGUAUUUCUCCCCCAUCAUAUCUGUCAAAUUUAUUCAAUGUCAAACUGUUCUCCGUAAAGCCCUAAAAACAUCCCCAAACGAAGCAAUUAACGAUCUUUGGAAAGCAACUAGCAACAGCAAAAAUAUUCAGUAUGACGUUUAUAACUCCACUAAGCAAGUUCUCAAGGACUUUCGCUCUGGCCAAGAGGAUAAACUGCAUACUCAAUUAACCUGUCAGGGCUCUUUCUUCACUAAUAUAACAAAGUUCUCACUGUCCCAACUCACUAAAAUUUGGUCUGCGUGCCAAUCGAACCUUCCGAAAAAUAUAUUCAACUUUACAGUUCGAUACAUCAAUAACUCCCUUCCAACGCGCCAAAACCUUGCAAGAUGGGGUUUAUCACCGACUUCAGACUGUUCGCGAUGUCUAGCUCCUGAAACACUUCUGCACGUAGUAGCUGGUUGCCAAUCGUAUCUAGAACGAUUCACGUGGAGACAUGACUCCGUUCUAAACUUUCUCGCAACAAGCCUGCAGACCGUAAGCGGCUCACAUCUUUACGUGGAUCUCCCAGGGUACAAAAGUCCAUCAAUCAUCACUGGUGACACCUACCGUCCAGAUUUGCUUCUUUCAACCUCAACCGGAACACUCUACAUUGUUGAACUUACAGUUGGCUUCGAAUCAAAUCUUCAAAAAAACGUUGAGCGUAAAAAAUCAAAAUAUAAAGAAUUAAUUAGGGAACAAAAUGAACAUUUCAACUCAGUAAAAUUUGUAAAUCUUUCGAUUAGUUCUCUUGGUGUUUUCAGUAAAGAAUGUUCUACUUUCAUAGAAAUGCUUAAUGAUUUUGGUUUUCAAAAGCAACAUCAGAAUUACUGUAUUAGAAGAAUGACGAUGAUUGCAAUCCGAACAACGUAUUAUAUAUUUUGUUGUCGAAACAAGGAAUGGAUGAAUCCGGAACUGUUAAGUGUUUAAACGUUGUACUGUCAUUUUUUUAUCUUAAUAGUAUAAUUUUUGCAUAUAUAAUCAGUGAUUUAAGUAGCCAGUUGUAAAUUACCUGAUAUAAGUGAGAUUUGCAAUUGUAUAUAUAAGCUAAAUAUCCAUUUAAUAAAGUUUUCGUUAUUGUUAUUAUUAUUAUUAUUAUUAUAAUUAUUAUUAUUAUUAUUUUUAUUAUUAUUAUUAUUAUUAAAAUCUCUUGGCACUUCACUGUUUUGUUUCUGACAUAGGCAAAACCUGGGUUAACGAUAAACUAGAUAGUAUCGCGUCCACGUAUAUCCGAAAAUGGCUUGAACUUCUUCUUUCUGCAACCCUUAGUAACGUCCUACAUCUCCACAAUAAAUUUGGAUUAAAUAUCAUUCUACCUUCAAACAAAUUCCUUCAAUGCCAAACUGUUUUUCGGAAAGCCCUAAAGUCCUCCCCAAAUAAAGCGAUCAAUUACCUUUGGAAGGAUACUAGCAAUCACAAAAAUGUACAAUAUGACAAAUACAAAAACACCAAGGACUUAGUAAACACCAUCAGGAAACAACCUGAAUACAAGCUUCAACACCACCUCAUUUCACAAGGCUCAUUUUUCUCCAAUAUCAUUAAACAUUCUACACUCUCAUUCAACUCUAUAUGGUCCUCCGUUCAGAGUAAACUUCCAAAGAAUAUAUUUAACUUCACUAUCCGGUAUAUAAAUAACACUCUUCCGACUCGCAAAAACCUUCUGAAAUGGGGAAUAUUACCAACAUCCGAAUGUUCGUUUUGUUUGAAUCCAGAAUCACUUCUUCACGUCGUCGCUGGAUGCAAGACCUACCUAAAUGAAGGACGUUUCCCGUGGCGUCAUGACUCGGUGCUUAACUUCAUAGCAUCCAUACUUAAAUCUGUGAACCAUUGUAACUUUUAUGCUGACCUUCCUGGCUAUAUCAGUCCAUCUUUUCUCACCGGAGAUGAAUUGCGCCCUGAUCUUUUGAUAACACUUGAAAACAAAUGCAUUUAUAUACUUGAACUUACCGUCGGAUUUGAAUCUAAUCUCCUCACUAAUGCAACUCGAAAAGGACAAAAAUAUCAAGAUCUAAUUAAGGAACAGCUCAAAAAUUAUGAAAAAUUAAAAUUUGUAAAUUUAUUGAUUAGUUCAUUAGGACUUUUCAGCCACCCGUCGCUAGAUUUCACCGAAAUGCUGAAGGAUCUAAAGUUUGAUGAACAAUGUAGAAAGUACUAUGUUCGGAAAAUUAUUAACAUAUGUAUCAG